AUGCCUCCAAGCACAGAAACCUGUCUCUCUGAUAUGGCCAAGGGUGAACCAAUUGCCAUGCAUGUUUCACAUACAGGCAACGACAAUCCCCAAAACAUCGACCUUUUGGAAUGGUCAGAAGCCGAAGAAGCUGCUGUUCGGCGCAAGAUCGAUUUUCGCAUCGUCCCAUUGUCAAUUCUCCUGUACCUUCUUUGUUUCUUGGAUCGAGCAAACAUCGGAAACGCCCGCAUCGAGGGCAUGGCUCUGGACCUCGAACUCGUUGGUUACAGGUUCAACUGGGCUCUAUCCGCGUUCUACAUAGCAUACAUCCUUGUCGAAAUACCUAGCAACAUCAUCCUGAAGAAGGUCGGCCCCAAGUUUUACAUACCCCUCCUCGUUACGGGGUUUGGACUUGUUUCUCUUUGCACAGCGUUUGUACGCUCUUUUGCAUCGCUGCUUGUCCUCAGAGUCUUACUCGGCGCUUUUGAGGGCGGUACUAUGCCCGGUAUAGCCUUCCUGCUCAGCUGUUUCUAUAAGAGACAUGAGCUCAUGCUACGGAUUUGUCUAUUCGUCUCAGCUACAGGCCUUGCAGGGGCCUUUGGUGGACUUCUCGCCACAGUCCUGUCUCGAAUUGAACCUUGGGGUGUAUCCUCCAUGAAGAUUCAUACCUGGAGAAACAUAUUCUUCUUUGAGGGGCUUCUUACAGUGCUUAUUGGUUUGUUGGCAGUCACUUUCAUGCCACAGUCUCUCCAAACGGCAUCUUUCCUGAACCAGAGAGAGCGCCAGAUCGCCAUCCUACGUUUGUUGAGAGAUCACAAAGAAUCAGAACAAGUCAAAGUCACCCGGCGAGAUGUCAAACAAGCUUUGUCAUCAGUGAUGAACAUAACUUGUGGCUUGGGAUUCCUUUUGAUCAACAUUGCGGUUCAGGGACUUGCUGUCUUUCUACCAACUAUCUUGCGAGACCUUGGAUGGGCUGCUACAAAGGCGCAGCUGAUGACAGUUCCCCCGAACUUUCUUGCAUUCAUCACAUGCUUCUCAGUCGCCUAUGUCAGCGACAAGACCAAAAGGCGCGGACCAUUCAUCAUCUUACUGACAACAAUCUCAGCCACUGGGGCCAUCAUUCUUCGGUGGGAAACAAAGGCCGCAGUCAAGUAUUUCGGUGUUUUCCUCAUCGUUUGCGGUGCCGGGGCUUCUGGGCCGGCGUACCUGACCUGGGCUAUCAAUAACGCAGCCCCUUCUUCAGUACGAGCCGUCACCAGUGCGUAUAUCGUUACCAUCGGAACCCUUGGUGGAUGGACUUACCUGGCCCGAGAUGGGCCAGAGUAUCACACUGGACAUUCAAUUAACGUGGGUGGACAGAUUGCUGCGGUAAUUGUGACGGCCUUUGGAACUUUGUACUGUAUCUGGGAGAACAAGGCUAGAGAAGCAGGCCGUAGGGACCACAGGUUGGCUGGCCUCAGUGAAGACGAGCAAGCCAAGCUUGGCCAUUCUCAUCCAUCUUUCAGACUUCUUCCUUAA